CCCUCCUCGCCGCGCUGCAUCGGGCUCGGUGACAGCAGCGGAGCGCGGAACGGCGGCUCCUCGCUGCCUUUAACCCCCCCCCCCCCCUCCGCUCUGUGUGUGUGUGUGUGUGGCCCCCCCGCCGCUGUUCCGCCCCCCCCCCCCCCCCGGCAGGGCUGCCGAAGCAUGCGGAGCCAUGGGCCAGGGCUGCGGACACUCCAUCCUCUGCCGGAGCCAACCCUACCAAGCGACCGCAUCUGACCUACGGGGCCAGCAGGUUUUCCUGAAGGUGGAGGACGCCGUGCCCGGCUCCGAGGCGCUACAGGACGCGCUGCUGAGCCUGGGCGCCGUCAUCGAGGCGUCGGGGCUGCGUCACGCCCUGCGCCACGCCCUCGCCUGCCUGCUGCCACGCGUGGAGCACGUGUACAUUUAUCUGCUGGAUGGGGACACGCGGCUGAUCUGUGACGACCCCCCCCACGAGCUGCCGCCCGAUGGGAAGCUCAGGGAUGCGGUGCGGCGGCAGACGCGGGUGCAGUGUGGGGGGCUGCCCCCCGCCGAGCUCCCUGGGAGGCAGCUGGGACCCCUGGCAGCACCCCUGGCCCCCGGAACGCAAGUGCUCAUCAUCCCACUGGUGGACCCGGACAGCGGGGCCGUGCUCUGCGUCCUCCUGGUACAUUGCGCCCACCUGAGCGACUCGGAUGAGCAGAACCUGCGCGCGCUGGAGAGACACGCCUUGGUGGCGUGCCGGCGGCUGCGGGCCCUGCAGAAGCUGCAGCCCUGGCCCCGUGUCAGCCUCUCCACCAGUUCCUCCCAGAACUCACUGGUCAAACCCGACAAAGCGCCCGACACCGGUUACAGCGACCUGGACUGCAAGAUCCUGCAGCUCUGCGGCGAGCUGUACGACCUGGAUGCCGCCUCACUUCAGCUCAAGGUCGUCAACUACCUGAAGCAGGAGACCCAGUCACUGUGCUGCUGCCUCCUGCUCGUCUCCGAGGACAACCACCAGCUCUUCUGCCAGGUGGUGGGGGACCAUGUUCUGGAGGAGGAGAUCAGCUUUUCGCUCACCUUCGGGCGCCUGGGGCAGGUGGUAGAGGACAAGAAGUCCAUCACCUUGAAGGACGUCAGUGAGGAGGAGCACAAACAGCUGAGCAGCAUGUUGGGCUGCGAGGUCACCUCCAUGCUGUGCGUCCCCGUCAUCAGCCGGGCCACCUCCCGCGUGGUGGCACUGGCCUGCGCCUUCAACAAGCUGAGUGGGGAGAGCUACACGGAGGCGGAUGAGCACAAGAUCCAGCACUGCUUCUGCUACACCUCCACGGUGCUCACCAGCACUCUGGCCUUCCAGAAGGAGCAGAAGCUCAAGUGCGAGUGUCAGGCCCUGCUGCAGGUGGCGAAGAACCUCUUCACGCAUUUGGACGACGUGUCCGUUCUGCUCCAGGAGAUCAUCACGGAGGCCCGAAACCUCAGCAACGCGGAGAUAUGCUCCGUGUUCCUGCUGGACCGCCUCAGCCACGAGCUGGUGGCCAAAGUCUUUGACGGCGGCGUGGUGGACGACGAGAGCUACGAGAUCCGCAUCCCUGCGGACCAGGGCAUCGCGGGGCACGUGGCCACCACGGGGAAGAUCCUCAACAUCCCCGACGCCUACGCGCACCCCCUCUUCUACCGGGGGGUGGACGACAGCACCGGGUUCCGCACCCGCAACAUCCUCUGCUUCCCCAUCAAGAAUGAGAGCCAGGAGGUUAUCGGGGUGGCGGAGCUGGUCAACAAGAUCAACGGGCCCUGGUUCAGCAAAUUCGACGAGGACCUGGCCACCGCCUUCUCCAUCUACUGCGGCAUCAGCAUCGCCCACUCGCUGCUGUACAAGAAGGUGAACGAGGCGCAGUACCGCAGCCACUUGGCCAACGAGAUGAUGAUGUACCACAUGAAGGUCUCGGAUGACGAAUACACCAAACUGCUGAGCGAGGGCAUCCAGCCCGUGUCCACCAUCGACCCCAACUUCGCCAGCUUCACCUACACGCCCCGCUCGCUCCCCGAGGACGACACCUCCAUGGCCAUCCUGAGCAUGCUGCAGGACAUGAACUUCAUCAACAACUACAAGAUGGACCGCCAGACGCUCACCAGGUUCUGCCUGAUGGUGAAGAAGGGCUACCGCGACCCCCCCUACCACAACUGGAUGCACGCCUUCUCCGUCUCCCACUUCUGCUACCUGCUCUACAAGAACUUGGAGCUCGUCAACUACCUGGAAGACAUCGAGAUCUUUGCCCUCUUCAUCUCCUGCAUGUGCCACGACCUGGACCACAGAGGCACCAAUAACUCCUUCCAGGUGGCCUCGAAAUCGGUCCUGGCUGCGCUGUACAGCUCGGAGGGCUCCGUCAUGGAGAGGCAUCACUUCGCCCAAGCCAUCGCCAUCCUCAACAGCCAGGGCUGCAACAUCUUCGACCACUUCUCCCGCAAGGACUACCAGCGCAUGCUGGACCUCAUGAGGGACAUCAUCCUGGCCACCGACCUGGCCCACCACCUCCGCAUCUUCAAGGACCUCCAGAAGAUGGCAGAAGUGGGCUACGACCCCAAGAACAAGCAGCACCGCAGCCUGCUGCUCUGCCUGCUCAUGACCUCCUGUGACCUCUCCGACCAGACCAAGGGCUGGAAGACCACCAGGAAGAUUGCAGAGCUGAUCUACAAGGAGUUCUUCUCCCAGGGUGACCUGGAGAAAGCCAUGGGCAACCGUCCGCUGGAGAUGAUGGACCGGGAGAAAGCCUACAUCCCCGAGCUGCAGAUCAGCUUCAUGGAGCACAUUGCCAUGCCCAUCUACAAGUUGCUGCAAGACCUCUUCCCCAAGGCGGCGGAGCUCUACGAGAGGGUGGCCAGCAACCGGGAGCAGUGGACGAAGGUCUCCCACAAAUUCACCAUCCGGGGUUUGCCCAGUAACAACUCCCUGGACUUUCUGGAUGAAGAAUAUGACCCGCAGGCCCCCGACCCCCAACUCAAUGGCUGCCUGGAGCCCGAGGGGGGGCAGCCCGAGCUGGGGGCCGAGUGAGGCAAAGAGGGGGGACACCCACCCCCCCCCACGGCCAGGCCAGGAGCAGCCCCAACGCUCAUCCCCCAGCGCCGUGGGGAGGAGGUUUGGGGGACACUCCCCCCCCCCCAAUCAGUGACUCUGGACCAUUGCGGUGCGGUCUGCACCCACUGGUGUCCUCCCCCACCCGUGGGUGACUGUCCCCUCCCUCUGGGGCAGGUAUUCAGGUGUGUGUCCCCCCCCCUUCCCUCCACCCAGUGAUCCCCAAACCUUUCUUUACUGGGAGCCUGCCUUGGUGGCUGGGGACACUGGGGAGGGGGGGGCUGGAUGUGCUUUAAACUGCCUUAAGGCUCCCGUCCCCAUGGGUCGACACUGGGGACGAUGUCCUGGUGGAAACAUCCCAUGGAGGGGUCAUGAAAAGGGGGGGUGGGGGGGUGGGGGGCGGUGGAAGUGCUGCUGGGGUGAGCAUGAAGGGGCUGGGAGGUUUGAAGAUGAAGGAGCCAGGAUCGGGCCCGUGGGAGGAGGUUGGCUCAGGUUGGGGGUGGAGGGGGGGUUGGGGGUGGGAAGAGGCACCUGGAGUGGGAUGGCUGUGGCCGUGACCGUGGGGAUGCUCUGCCUGCACCCCCCCUGCCAGACCGGCCCCCACCAUGCUUCUCCCUCUCCCCCCCUUCACCCCAGGACCCACCCCCCACCCAGACCCACUCUCCCCGUGGGAGAACUCGUGGAAUCCCAGAGAUUUUGGGGUGGAAGGGACCUUAAAAAUCACCCAGUUCCCCCCCAGCCCCCACGGGCAGGGACACCUCCCACUAGCCCAGGUUGCCCAACUCGUCUCCCAUCCCCUGCAAGGGCUACACACGCGUGCCAAGGCUGGGGGGGGUGGUGGUGGUGUUCCUGCUCCGUGUCCCCCACGUGUCCCCUGCGUGUCCCCACCGCCUGGGUGCUGGUUCGGCUCCGUGGUGCCCGCCCUGGGAGCGAGGAGCUGCGCUGUGAGCAGCCCCAGCUCGUGGUGGCUUCCCAAGUCCGAUGUCCCGUGGUGCCUCUGGUCCUGCAGACCACCAUGGAUGGACCCUGCCAUCCUCCCAUGGUCCCUCUGGUCCUCCCGACCACCAUGGGUGGACCCUGGUGGGUUCUUGCUGUCCUCCUGGUCCCAUCAACGGCCAUGCGUGGACCUUGCAAUGCUCCUGUGGUUCCUUUGGUCCCACUAACAGCCAUGCAUGGACUUUACCAUCCUCCCAUGGUCCCUCUGGUCCUACAGACCACCAUGGAUGGACCCUGCCAUCCUCCCAUGGUCCCUCUGGUCCUACAGACCACCAUGGAUGGACCCUGCCAUCCUCCCAUGGUUCCUCUGGUCCUACAGACCACCAUGGAUGGACCCUGCCAUGCUCCCAUGGUUCCUCUGGUCCUAUAGACUGCCAUGCAUAGACCCUGAUGGCCUCCUGUGGUGCCUCUUGUCCUACUGAUCACCGUGCAUGGAUCCUGUUGGCCUCCUGAGGUCCCGCUGGCCAUGCACAGAGCCUGCUGGUCUCCCACCAUCCCUCCUGCCCUGCUGACUGCCAUGCAUGGACCCUGCCAUCCUCCCGUGUUCUCUCUGGUCCUCCAGACCAUCAUGCAUGGACGGUGAUGGCCACCUGUGGUGCCUCUGGACCUACCGGCCACCAUGCAUGAACAGUGAUGGUCUCCUGUGGUGCCUCCUGUCCUGCUGAUGACCAUGCAUGGACCCUACCAGCCUCCCAUGUUCUCUCUGGUCCUCCAGACCACCAUGCAUGGACUGUGAUGGCCUCCUGUGGUGCCUCUGGACCUGCAGACCACCAUGCAUGGACCCUGCAAUCCUUCCAUGGUCCCUCUGGUCCUACAGACCACCAUGCGCGGAUCCUGAUGGCCUCCUGUGGUGCUUCUUGUCCUACUGAUGACCAUGCAUGGACCCCACCAUCCUCCUGUGGUCCCUCUGGGCCUGCAGGCCACCAUGCAUGGACGGUGAUGGCCUCCUGUGGUGCCUCCUGUCCUGAUUACCAUGCAUGGACCCUGCCAUCCUUCCGUGGUCCCUCUGGUCUUCCAGACCACCAUGCAUGGAUGGUGAUGGCCUCCUGUUGUGCCUCCUGUCCUGCUGAUGACCAUGCAUGGACCCUACCAGCCUCCCAUGUUCUCUCUGGUCCUCCAGACCACUGUGCAUGGAUGGUGAUGGCCUCCUGUGGUGCCUCUGGACCUGCAGACCACCGUGCAUGGACCCUGCCAUCCUCCCAUGGUCCCUCUGGUCCUACAGACCACCGUGCAUGGACCCUGCCAUCCUUCCAUGGUCCCUCUGGUCCUACAGACCACCAUGCAUGGAUCCUGAUGGCCUCCUGUGGUGCCUCUGGUCCUACUGAUGACCAUGCAUGGACCCCACCAUCCUCCCGUGGUCCCUCUGGGCCUGCAGGCCACCAUGCAUGGACGGUGAUGGCCUCCAGCGGUGCCUCCUGUUCCCCUCACCACCACGCCUGGACCCUGCUGGCCUCCCCACGGUCCCUCCAAUCCCCCAACCCAACACGUGUAGACCCCCUCAGCCCCGGGGUGGGGGGGCUCUGCUCAACCAGCCCCCCCAGGGUCCCUCCAACCAUGCGUCACCCAGGUCGGUGGCACCCCCAACCAAAACCCCCCUCAACCACCACCAAAACACCCAUGAGCAGGGGAAGCGGGGCGGCUCGCCUGGAGGGUGGGGAUGAGGGUGGGUGCUGAGCCCUGAGGGAUUGGGGGGGUGCUGAGCACCCCCCCCCCCCAGCUGCAUCAUCCGGCUCAUGGGAGUGGUUUGUGUGGGGGGGUUCACCAUCAUGGCCAGGGCCAGUGGUGGAAGCGGCACGGUAAAAUCCUGGCGCUGCCAGGGUCGGUCCCACGGGGAUCGGUCCCACCAGGGUCAAGGGCAGCACAGGUGGAACUUGGGGGGGGUGUGUGUGGGGGGGAGUGUGUGUGGGGGGUGAUUUGCUACCCCAUCUUUGCUCGCCCCUCCCUGCCCCCCCCCAGCAUCAUCCCACGGUGCGGUGAUGCUCCCCGGCUGCACUGGCUCCCUCUGGGAUUUGGGCUGCGGGGCGGCCGCUCCUCUCAUCGCCUCGCGCCUCUUUUCUCGGGGGUCUGCAGGAGCAACACCCUCCACUCCCCCCCAAAACAAACAAACAAAAAAAAAAGCCGAACUGCUCCCCCGGG